GGUUGACUGCUCAACUAUAGCAGACAAAGGCACUCGCAACCGCACUUUUGACGUGAUGACACCCUUCCAUUAUGACUGGAACAAAGAGAGGCUUCCUAUGGGCCGGGAGCUGUGUGCUACCAUUGCACAUAUCUUAGAUGUGGCCGGCAUUCCGAAUGUUCUCUGGGGCAAAUACAUGAUCUUUACCUACGACAUGGGCCCUCUGCAAGAAGCCCAGGCUGAAGACGCGAAAAGGGUCCGGAAGGUGCCGCCACCACCGCAUGAGCGAUACUACAUCACCAAGUACGACGACAGCAUCUCCUUCAUCAUCCCCGAUGACCGGAUCAAUGAUGCGCGCGAUGCUUUGCUCCUCGCUGGAUUCCCCCUGUGUACCACGGGAUGCGUGUGCUUUGAUUGGAAAACACACGAGAUGGUUCCAUGGCAUCACUUCCUGGGAGAGAAUGGCAACACCGCGGAGAACCCCGCCUUGAAGCUCUUCCGUCGCUCGGACGUACUCUUUCGCUUUCCAGACCCUGACCUCGCCCCCCCAGCACCCGACGACCCCUGGUAUAUGUUGACGAACGAUCCUCGACUCCCCGCGGACGAUGAGGAGCGGCGGGGUGCCAACCCGGAAGGCCGGUUUGAUGCGGCCCUCUGGCCGAUCAAGAUUCCAACUGCGGUGAAACUGUACGAAGCCCUGAUCCUCCUGCGCUGCCGCGAUAACGAUUAUCACAGCCAUUCCGACGGCAGUUGGACUGGGUGGUCAAAAUACCUGGCACGGAGUCUGGUCAAAUCGGGUCGUAUCACGAUCCCACAGGUCGGAGAGCUCUACCGCGGAGUCAUUGAAUGGGACCAGGCCGAUCGCCUUUGGUUUUGGGAUGGACAGCCAUCGCUGCUGCGCCAGCACCUCUGGGAAUCGAAGGCUUGCCUCCUCCCCUUCCGGACCGCUGCCCCCCUGAUCUUUCCUUGCAUCGCCGGCACCAUACUCUGGAUGAACACGGCGAGAUCUACGCCAAGUUUCUGGAAUAUUGUAGCCGGUUUGGGGACGAUGUUCGGUCGGAUGGCGAACACCCCAACAAGAGGGAUGGACAGGAAGCAGAGGACCAAGGGGAGAGUGCGUAGGUUCAAAAGACCAGGCAUGGAACUCUGA